AUGGCCUCAUUUUAUUAUGCAGAUGAGACUCCUGUUCCUGUUGCAAACUGCAGUGCAAAAGAAUACAACUCCAACCCGAAGCAGAUCAUGCCUUUUAAGGAGUUUAUCCAGUACUGGAGAGAGUACAUUCAGAAUGGGCAUUCUUCACCAAAAGGAUGCCUUUACUUAAAGGACUGGCAUAUGCAAAGGAACUUUCCUGAACAUAAUUCUUACAAGACGCCAAUUUACUUCUCCUCUGAUUGGCUGAAUGAAUAUUGGGACACAAUUGAAGUGGAUGAUUAUCGGUUUGUCUACAUGGGACCUAAGGGGUCAUGGACACCUUUCCAUGCAGACGUGUUUCGCUCAUACAGUUGGUCUGCCAACAUCUGUGGACGUAAGAAAUGGCUCCUGUACCCUCCAGGCCAAGAGGAGUUUCUUCGGGACUGUCACGGCAACUUGGCCUAUGACGUAACAGCACCCGUACUUCAAGACAAGGGUCUGUAUCCACAGUUUGAAGAGGCCUGUCAGCCUUUAGAGAUCAUUCAAGAAGCUGGAGAGAUCAUCUUUGUACCUAGUGGUUGGCAUCAUCAAGUUUACAAUUUGGUGGAUACCAUUUCCAUCAAUCAUAACUGGCUGAAUGGCUGUAAUUUGGAUAUCAUGUGGCAGCUUCUGCAAGAAGAACUUUCUUCUGUCCAGAGAGAAAUCGAGGAAUGGCGUGAUACCAUGGAUAGCUGGCAUCAGCAUUGUCAGGUGAUCAUGAAAUCGUGUACAGGAAUCGAUUAUGGGGAGUUUGCCUCUUUCCUUAAGACUAUUGCAAAUAAUCGAAUGUCCUUUUUAAAUUCAUGUCCCAGAAAUGCAGGGAAUUGCCAAGACCACCUUGCCGAAAGUCUGUUUGCUUUAGGCCCUCAGCAUGCGGCCUUUGACCUUCAGAGAGUAUUGCAUAUAUUUGAGAGCAUGCUUAGCAACGAAGACUUUAAGAGACUAGACCCUUCAACUCUGAGCUUCAAACCUGAGGAACUGCUUCAGGAGAUCAGAGAGGCUGUUCGAACCAUUGUAUAAAAGCUAUACUGUAUGUGGAAGAUCAGCUAUG